UGGUCCCUCUACACUGGUCCCACCUCUACAUUGGUCCACCUCUACAUUGGUCCACCUCUACAGGUCCACCUCUGCACUGGUCCCACCUCUGGUCCACCUCUACAUUGUCUACCUCUACACUGGUCCACUUCUACACUGGUCACCUCUACACUGGUCGACUUCACUGGUCCACCUCUACACUGGUCCUCACCCAUUGGUCCACCUCUACACUGGUCCACCUCUACAUUGGUCUACCUCUACACUGGUCUACCUCUACACUGGUCCACCUCCUACUGGUCACCUCUCUACACACAGUCCCUCUACAUUGGUCACAUCUACACUGGUCCACCUCUACACUGGUCCCACCUCUACACUGGUCUACCUCUACACUGGUCUACCUCUACACUGGUCUACCUCUACAUUGGUCUACCUCUACACUGGUCUACCUCUACACUGGUCCCACCUCUACAUUGGUCCACCUCUACAUGGUCUGCCUCUACACUGGUCUGCCUCUACACUGGUUCUACCUCUACACUGGUCCCCUCUACACUGGUCUACCUCUACAGUGGUCCACUUCUACACUGGUCUACCUCUACAGUGGUCUACCUCUACAGUGGUCUACCUCUAAACUGGUCUACCUCUACACUGGUCCACCUCUACAUUGGUCCACCUCUCUGGUCUGCCUCUACACUGGUCUGCCUCUACACUGGUCUACCUCUACACUGGUCUACCUCUACACUGGUCUACCUCUACACUGGUCCCACCUCUACAUUGGUCUACCUCUACAGUGGUUCACCUCUACAAUGGUCUGCCUCUACACUGGUCUGCCUCUACACUGGUCUACCUCUACACUGGUCUACACUACACUGGUCUACCUCUACACUGGUCCCACCUCACAUUGGUCCCACCUCUACAUUGGUCCACCUCCACAAUGGUCUGCCUCUACACUGGUCUGCCUCUACACUGGUUUUCUCUACACUGGUUCACCUCACACUGGUCCACCUCUACAUUUGUCUACCUCUACACUGGUCUACCUCUACACUGGUCCACCUCUACACUGGUCCACCUCUACACUGGUCUACCUCUACGCUGGUCUACCUCUACACUGGUCCACCUCUACACUGGUCUACCUCUACACUGGUCUACCUCUACACUGGUCCACCUCUACAUUUGUCUACCUCUACAUGGUCUACCUCUACACUGGUCCACCUCUACACUGGUCCCACCUCUACACUGGUCUACCUCUACUUGGUCUACCUCACACUGGUCCACCUCUACACUGGUCCACCUCUACACUGGUCUACCUCUACACUGGUCUACCUCUACACUGGUCCACCUCUACACUGGUCCCACCUCUACAUUGGUCUACCUCUACUGGUCCCACCUCUACACUGGUCUACCCUCUACACUGGUCUACCUCACUGGUCCACCUCUACAUUUGUCUACCUCUACACUGGUCUACCUCUACACUGGUCCACCUCUACACUGGUCCACCUCUACACUGGUCCACCUGCUGGUCACCUCUACACUGGUCCACCUCUACACUGGUCCACUUCUACACUGGUCCACCUCUACACUGGUCCACCUCCAUUGGUCCACCUCUACACUGGUCCACCUCUACAUUGGUCUACCCUCUACACUGGUCUACCUCUACACUGGUCCCUCUACACUGGUCCACCUCACACUGGUCCCACCUCUACAUUGGUCCACAUCUACACUGGUCCACCUACACUGGUCCACCUCUACUGGUCUACCUCCACAGUGGUCUACCUCUACUGGUCUACCUCUACAUUGGUCUACCUCUACACUGGUCUACCUCUACACUGGUCCCACCUCUACAUUGGUCCCACCUCUACAAUGGUCUGCCUCUACAGUGGUCUACCUCUACAGUGGUCUACCUCACUGGUCUCUACCUCUACAGUGGUCUACCUCUACACUGGUCUACCUCUCCACUGGUCUACCUCUACUGGUCCACCUCUACACUGGUCCACCUCUACACUGGUCUACCUCUACACUGGUCCCACCCCACACUGGUCCACCUCUACACUGGUCUACCUCUACUCACAGUCCACCUCUACAUUGGUCUACCUCUACAGUCUACCUCCACUGGUCCACCUCUACACUGGUCACACUCACUGUUCUACUCUACACUGGUCCACCCCUACACUGGUCACCUCUACACUGGUCUACCUCUACUCAGAUCCACCUCUGUUGGUCUACCUCUACACUGGUCUACCUCUACACUGGUCUACCUCUGCUGGUCUACCUCUACACUGGUCCACCUCUGCUGGUCCACCUCACACUGGUCUACCUCUACACUGGUCCACCCUACACUGGUCCACCUCUACACUGGUCUACCUCUACUCUGAUCCACCUCUACAUUGGUCUGCACCCCUCUACACUGGUCUACCUCUACACUGGUCUACCUCUACACUGGUCUACCUCUACACUGGUCCACCUCUACACUGGUCUACCUCUACACUGGUCACCUCUACAUUGGUCACCUCUCUACACUGGUCCACCUCUACAUUGGUCCACCUCUACACUGGUCACCUCUACACUGGUCUACCUCUGCUCAGUCCACCUCUACAUUGGUCCACCUAUUUGGUCCCACCUCUACAUUGGCCCACCUCUACAUUGGCCCACCUCAACAUUGGUCCAACUCUACACUGGUCUACCUCUACACUGGUCUACCUCUACACUGGUCUACCUCUACACUGGUCUACCUCCAACACUGAACUUGCUCUUGUGUGCCAUAACAGAGACACUCUUGUCGUUAAUGACCUGAUAACAGAGACACUCUUGUUGUGUACCAUAACAGAGACUCUUUGUUUUGUGUCCAUAACAGAGACACUUCUUGUCGUGUGCCAUAACAGAGACACUCUUGUUGUUGACCGCCAUAACAGGGCUACUCUUGUUUGA